AGCAUUUUCAGCUAGUGAAGUCUUGCCACUUGGGCCAAGAGAAUUUUCUGAACUGGACAAUCACCCAACCUAUAAAAAUGUCAGUAUCGUUAAGACAGCAAGAUUGCAAUCUAAUACCUUUGCUAGUAAUAAAAGUUGCAACUGCAGAGGUAAUUGCCUUAUGGCAAAAUGCUUUUGUAAAAAAGCAAACGUUUUAUGUAGAAGUAGAUGUCAUUCAAAGAAUUCCAAAUGUAAAAAUAGAGCUUGA